AUGGAGGCUUACUCGAAUGGCGCCGAUUUUAUCGCCCAUCUUGCACGCGCAACUGGAAAUGGAGGGAAAACGAGGGUCAUCGAGAAGGCGAAGCUUGAGUCGCCGCGAUUUCGAUCGAAACGGGACUGCCUCGUCAUGCCAAUUAGCCGCGAUGGUGUUCCCGUAGCGCGUAAAAGAGCCAUUGCCACAAUUCCAAGGCUCCGUCCCACUAUUGCCAGACCAUUUCUUCUUUGUCAGUGCUCGUUCGAUUUUCUUAUAGUUUUCAUUAUAAGUUCGAUGUCAUUUUGCACGUGUGGUUACCGUUUCGAGGGUUUAAAUAACAAAAAGAGCGUGUCUCCGCCAUAUAAGUCUCAAAAAAAGCUCGUAUAGCAUCGGGAACAAUUAUUUUUGUGAGAACUUGAGUUUUCCAAUUAAAAAAAAGCUGAUAUAUAACAGACACACUUUCUUUUUUCGAUUUCAGCUCUCUGUUGUGUAUUGUAUGGAAAGCUUGCCCCAUGAUUUUCAUAUUUCAAAUAAGUAUAAAGAUGGACCAGACGGUUUAGGAAAACGAGGUACAAAAAACACAUUCCUCAAAGAUCUCAAUAAAAUUAUUCGGGCAUGCACAUGUCAACAGCUUUUUUUUCCACAAAUUUCGACUCCUAAAUAACUAAUAUCCACAAAAAAACAAAAGAGAAUAUCAAAGCUCUCAAGAAAUAUUUAGAAAAUUGUAGCUUUUCUUAAGAAUUAUUUUGAUUACCACAAUAGAAAGAAACCAACCUGUGGUUGAAAAACGACCUCCAAAGAAGGGAACGCCGUGUUUCGCCACCGAUGACUCAGAUCUCUCGUGUCCUCCUCCUCCGGCUUCGCCUUGGCUCUCCUCUCUUCUAUUUUCUCCUCUGUCCACUUUUUUAUGUUAUUGCUGCAAGAAAUUCCAUUCAUUGGGUCAUCCGGGGGUAAAAUUUUCGAGCUUCAAGGAAAAAAGUUUUAUACUUGUUGAUCUAUCAAGAGAUUUUUCCAAAUUUAUAAUAAUCAUAGUAGAAUGACUGCACUGUGACAGAUAUUAUCGACUUCUGCUGCUCAAAAGUUCUUACAAAAUCAGACUCUUUAUUUUCUGUCUUAUCUCAUUAACCAUCUACUGUCUUUUGAGUCUCAAUAACUAUUUCUCAAAAGUCAAUUUCGACGUUUAAGAAAUUGAACGGCAGUUUUUUUUUAGAAGUUUUCAGUUUUUUACCCCUGCCUUCAACAAUUGGUUCCGCUCGGAUGCAUCUCGUUAUUUCACUUCACUUAGCCAUUCAUUCCGCUUCGUUUUAAAUUUUUAUUCAUUUUUUCUUCUCUUUCUUUUUCUUCUUGACUUUUUUUUUCUGGAUUUUUCUAUGGAGUCGUAUAGAAAUAAAAAAAAGAACACGAUAAUUUAUGAGUUCUCAGUAAGACUAUUGCUUAAAGAUGAAAUUUAUAACAUUUACUCGAAAAUGCCAUGGGCGUUGGCUCUUUGAAAGGUUAUCUUCCUCAGGCUGUAUCAGUAAAAAGCCGACGGCUGUUUAUCGGAGUCGCGUACGCGUCGAGUGGACCGCACAAAAAGAGCGGCAGAUGUGGCCGUCUCGGCUUCCCAUUUGCCCGUCUAAUCGACCUUUCGAUCGACGGCCGGCGUUCUUCUCGCUGUAUGAACGUCAGAAGGACUUCCACCAGUACCCUGAAGAAAAAACCGGCAAAAAGACGCCGUUUGUUUCCAAUCUCAAUUGUUUCUUGCAUUUGUGA